CCAUACCGACACACUCCUGCUGGCCGAACAAUUAGUCGGGAAAGCCCUGGCCGCUCUGCACCAUGUCUAACCAGUCCAUCCUGCGCAUCACUCGAGAACUGGGCGAGAUCCAACGCGGCUCCGACCUCUCACUUGCUGUGGCAUGCCGCGACAUCGACGUGCGACACGUACGAGCCCUCAUCAUCGGCCCGCCCGACACUCCUUACGAAUUUGGCUUCUUCGAAUUCGCCGUCAAGUUCACCCGGGACUACCCUACCAAAGCUCCGUCCGUCACCGCCAUUACCACCAACAGCGGACGCACCCGCUUCAACCCCAACAUCUACGCCGGGGGACGGGUAUGCCUCUCCAUUCUCGGCACGUGGCGUGGCGAGCGCGGCGAGGAGUGGUCCUCUGCUCAAGGCUUGGAGUCCAUCUUGAUCUCCAUCCAGAGCCUCAUGUCGGGGAAUCCAUACGAGAACGAGCCCGGCUUCGAGGACGCCAAGUCCGACUACGACAAGAAGAACCAGCAGCUGUACGUGGAAAAAAUUCGCCAUGAGACCCUGCGCAUUUCUGUCAUCGAGAGACUGGAAGACUACCUAGGCAUUGAGCGAAACAAGGUGGCAGGCGUUACUGCCUACAACGCAGAGGAAGAAUACCAGUCUGGUGCCGUUGAAUCUCCGUUUGAGCCAUUCAAGGACCUCUGCAAGCGACGAUUCCUCUGGUACUACACUUCCUAUAUGGCGAGCAUCGACACGGAAAUGGCGAAGCACAAGACUUCCGCUCGUUUCGAGAAGAUGCCAUUUGAAGGCCCAGGAAAUGCUAUGGAGGGCGUCUUCGAUUAUCCUUCCCUCAAAGCGCGCAUGGAAGUCAUCUUCGACAAACUCAACCAAGAGGCUCUUGGCUGGGCUACAGAGGGUUUGGCUGCGGUGAAAAAGGAGAGUGGCAUUGCCAGUAAUUUGCAGCGUCAAUUCGAGCAGAUUAUCGAAAACUACAGGAAAAAUCAUGAUGCCGUGGCCCUUGACUUGGAGCUGGUCGAUAAGAACCCAUUCGUAUGGAGGUUGGUUCUCUUCGGCAGGCCGAUGACCAACCUUGAUGGCGGAAUGUUCGGCAUCCUCAUACACUUGAGCCCUAAAUUCCCAGACGUCUUGCCCCGUGUCAAGCUCGAGGUGCCAUUGUUUCAUCACCGAGUGUCUCCUGCUGGCGUAUUGUGCUAUGACGCGAGCCGGAAGGACGAUAUGCGAUCGCAUAUAGAAGCCAUCAUCGAAGCAAUGGAGGAUGAAUCGCCUGCGUACGAUCCUCGAACCCUCGUGAACCCAGAAGCUGCUAAGCUAUUCUGGGGCACUGCGGAUGAUAAGAAGAUCUACAACCGCCGACUGAGGAGGUCGGUUCAGGACAGCAUCGAGUGA